UUACAGUAAUCGAGGCGAGUUGUAACAAACGGGGUUUGUACAUACAGUUUAAAAUCAUCCCAAUUUGUUCCAUUUUUUUUUUUAUGAACUGAGAUUACAAAUUGUCACACAAACGCGCGCACGCGUGCACGCGCGCAAAUUGCCCUGGGGACUUUUACUUUCACUUUGCGGAGAAGGCGAGGAUGAGGCGCUUAUAAGCCGCUGCAGACUCCGACUCAGACUCGCCAAGACGCGAUCUGCACUUUCCCAACAUUUCUGUGCUGUUCCCCCCCAGACACUCACUGCAUGGCCCCGGAGGGAUUCUUCUUCUUGGGGGUUGGACACGCCGGAUGUUUGUCGCCGCCAGACUUCCACUGAGCACCGGGACUCACCUGACAAACUUUGACCGGGUUGAGGCGCGGUUGAUGCCGAGGGCCGCGACCAUGAACGGCGACCGCGGCUCGAUGGCCACGGCGCCGCUGGACCUGAGCACCAGUCAGCGGGGCGGCAGCGGCUGCGUGGCGGCGGGAGAGUGCCUAGGAGCCCCGCCGUCACCUGCGGAUACUCCACGGACGCUCUCGGCUGGCAGGCGGCCGGCGGACGAAGCCUCCCUCCGGCUGCCUUUUCGGAAACGACCCAUCGCUCUGGAACCGGAGGAGCGGACACGAACGUCGAGAGUAGCGGGGCGACUCCGGCGCUUGUCCCCGGCGAGAGGCGCUGGCAUGCCGGCUCCGGAGAGCGCCUCCGGCGGGCUGGGGAACACCUCCGAGUGGGGACCGCAGGGCGUUGCCGUGGUAACCCCGACGCAGGCUGAGGAGGCUGCAAGGAGGGAUCCAGCUGGUCCAAUCUGCUUCUUGCCAUCUUUGGCUUAUAGCCCCUGCUCGGUGUUCUGUUUGAAUCCUGAGGUCAACCACCAUGGCUUCCAUCCCACCCAGGACUUGCUGGCGAGUCUGACGCUAGCUAAACGGCAAGAUGAGGAUGGAGACACAGCUCUCCACAUAGCGGUGGUGCAAGGGGAGAUGGCGCUUGUCUGCCAACUGAUCCAUCUUAUGCUGUGGGCGGGAAAAACCCUGGACAUCUACAACAACCUCCGUCAGACCCCUCUUCACCUGGCGGUGAUAACCUGGCAAGUGCACAUGGUGGAUGCUCUGCUGAGGGCCGGGGCGGACCCCUCCGCUUUGGACCGCAACGGCCAGACGGCGCUGCACCUUUGCUGCGAGUACAACCACAGAGACUGUCUGUCCGUGCUGCUCUCACUGCCCGCGUCCUCCGCCUGCCUGGAGAUCAAGAACUACGAAGGUCUGAGUCCCCUCCAUCUGGCCGUGAUCCGGAACCUCCCGGAUUUGUCCACUAUGCUGCUGGGAGCUGGCGCUGACAUCAACACAAUGGACAUCAAAAGCGGCAAGAGUCCACUCGUUCUGGCGGUGGAGAGCAACAAUGCAGAGAUGGUCCACUUCCUCAUUGAGAGCGGCUGUGACGUCAACAGGCCAUCUUACAGCGGCAACACGGCCCUGCACUGCGCUUGCGGCCGGGCCCAGGCGGACAUGGUGCGCCUGCUGCUGAAGAACGGGGCCGACAGCAGCCUCAAGAACUACUACAACGACACGCCGGUGAUGGUGGCCAAGAACAAGAAGUAUCUUCCCCAUCGCAAAGCCACAGUCGGGGUUGUUCACCCGGGACAAGACAACACGCCGCCCCCAACUCACCACAGACUCCACCCACCAUGGCAUUUCCAUUUUAACAGCUUAGUAGUUAGUGGUCGUGCCGGGAGAACCGACAACGACCCUCAACAUUGCCAAAGCUGCACAAAUGAAGACGUCUGGACCGCCCUAACUUGGUCUUCAAGUAGAAUGUACUUGACCAGGGGUGUCAACCUGGUUUUCAGUAAGGGCCUCGUCACGGUCUUGGUUGCCAUCAGAGGACAACUGGUAAAAGUCAUCCAUUUUCUACCGCGUUUCCCUUUUGGGGUCGCGGGGGGUGCUGGAGCCUAAGCCUAUCCCAGCUGCAUUCGAGCAGAAGGUGGCGUACACAGUGGACAAGUCGCAACCUCAUCGCAGGGCCUGUGAAAGUUAUAAUAUAGGAGUUUGCCUAUGCAUCAGAUUAUUAUAUUUAUAUUGUACAUACACUAAAAAAAUAUGUAGAUUUUACAGUAAAAAAAACUCAGUCGCCAAAAUUUUACUGUAAAAUAAACAGUGUUUUUUUUACAACAUUACUGUAAAUGGAAAAACAGUCCGGCAACAGAGCUGCCAGUUUUUUUUUUUACAAUAAAAAAAAAGUGAUACCGUUUUUCCAUUUACAGUAAUACACCGUAAAAAAAACAACCGUAGAUUCAAAAACUGGCAGCUUUAUGGACAGAAUUUUACAAUAAAAAAUAUGCUCAAUUUACGGUAAUAUGCUUGAAAAACCAUUGUCCAUUUUACCGUAAAAUCUAUUGUUUUUACAGUGUACAAUUUGAUUGGUUACAUGCUUUGAAAUCAUACAUCCAGCAGAUAUUUAAGUAUUUAUUUUUAUUUUGACAAAAAAAAAAGUAUGAUUAGAGGCAGGGGUCCCCAAACUUUUUGACUCCGGGGCCGCAUUGUGUUAAACAAUUUGAUUGGGCUGAUACAUAUAUAUAUAUAUAUAUA